AUAAUGUAUAAAAAUAUAUAAGCGCGGCCGUAUAUUAUGCGUGUGGCGUGCCCCGAUCGCAAUAACGUCCGAUACGAUCGCGCGAGUUGUGUUACCGCACCGUUUGCCAUAUUAUUAUUGCUAUUAUACCUAUAUAUAUAUACGCGUUUUAUAUGCCGCGUGUGUGCGCGAGUUUUUUGUGUCGUUGAUUAAAAUAAAAAAAUUAAAAAACGGACGCACAUAGACGAUAUAUAUUAUUACUCGCAACGACAAGCCCUGCAGAUAUAUCGUCGUCGUCGUCGUCGGAUUAUUGUAACAUCGGCGUAGGCACCCCGUGAUAACAUCGCGUGUAUUAUAUUAUGUUCUUCGUAUCACAUAGGUCUCGCGGUUCGUCGAGGUUGUGUCGUAGCUGGUAGAUAAGUAUAAUAUAGUAGGUACACCACUGCUAUAAUAUGUGUGCGCGUACGUCUUGUACACUGUUUAUUGUAUAUGAUAAUAAUAUUAUGAUUAUGUCGAUACAUAAUAAUAAUUUUAGUAUGUAGGAUAAUAAUAUUAUUAUCAUGUUGCGCCGCACGAGCAUCGUCCAGUGGACAACGGCCCCGGCGUCGAGCAGGUCGAAGAGAUCGAAAAUAAAAAGCGGCAGCGAAACGAAUGGAGCGCCGCCGACCCGGUUGGCGAAAGGAAACGAAUCACUGCUAUACGAUGGAAUCGCCAGGAACGUGGCGAAGACCAACGGGGUCAGGCCAGAGGAGAAGAUUUCCACCGUGUCCAGGGGUUAUUGGACUGUGGAGAGGCCAAGGCAGCAGCCCAACUAUCACGCGGUGCGCCGUUCGUGUCGUGAACGAGGCGCCCUGUUCGAGGAUCCCGACUUUGCGGCCGGUCCCAAGUGCCUGUACAAGAACAAGAGGCCUGCAGUUCAACCCAUCGUAUGGAUGCGACCGCACGAAAUGUGCCAGAGGCCCAAGUUUAUGGUGGACUCGACGCGGUUGGUGUCACAGGGAAACGGAGUGGUGUCGACUGGUGCGGGCGGCGGAAGUGGAGGAAGUGCUGGUGGUGAACCGACUCGCAAUGGUACCAUUGGCGGUGGCGGUGGAGGACGAUGUGGAGUUGAGCCAGGCGAACUCGGCGACCACAGCUUUUUAGCCGCCGUGUCAUCGCUGACUCUCACGCCAAAGUUCCUCGACAGGGUCGUACCCCUCGAUCAAUCGUUCGACCCCACCACGUCCUAUUGUGGGCUGUUCAGGUUUCGGUUUUGGUAUUUCGGUGAGUGGAAAGAAGUGUUGGUCGACGACAAGUUGCCCACAUACAGGGGACGAUUGGUUUACAUGCGUUCCACCAAUCCCACCGAAUUCUGGGCCGCAUUAUUGGAAAAAGCAUACGCAAAAUUGUACGGUUGCUACGAAAACAUCAGCGGACCUGGAUGCUCGACUACUAGAGCACUGCAGGACCUGACCGGCGGAAUCGUCCAGAGUUUUGGCCUUUCCAACCAAGAUCGGUUCCUAACGUAUCAAGUGCUCAACAGCGCCGUGCCUAGGUCGUCGUUGCUCAUAUCCACCAUAACCCUGAAGGAGAACAAGAGACAGCUGAGGCUGCGGAACGGUCUAAUGACUCAGCACGCGUACAGCGUCACCGGUUUGGCACGAGUCCGAGGUCCGUUGGGCGAUACCCCGCUGGUGAGGCUGAGAAAUCCUUGGGGCGAAGGAGAGUGGACAGGUCCUUGGAGCGAGAGGAGUUGGGAAUGGGACGGCCUGUCCGGCAGAGACAAGGAGCUGCUUAGCGUCAGGGUGCGGAAUGACGGCGAAUUUUGGAUGUCUUUCGAGGAUUUCGCCAGGCAUUUCACGCAGCUGGACAUCGUGCACGUCAGCCCGGACGAUUGGAUGACCGAACCGGCUUUGCAUUCGAAGCAGCCGUGGCGGGCAGUGCUGGCCAGGAGACGGUGGAGGAGCGGAUAUAACGCGGGCGGUGGUCCCGGACACCCGGAAACGACGGCCAUGAAUCCCCAGUUCCACAUCGGCAUACCCAGGACUUCGGGCAACAAGUGUCACGUGGUCGUGUCCGUCGUGCAGCAAUACGAAACCGAUCCGGAAGCCAAAGGGGCACGGCCCCUGUUCGCCAUUGGUUUUGCGGUCUACGAAGUGCCUCAUUCUACUUCCAGGUUGACGCCGCAGUUCGUGGCACAACAGCAACCGUUGGAUGUGACCAACCAUUCCGUGGCGAGAGAAGUGGUGACGUUCUUCACGUUACCUCCUGGCGAUUACAUUGUCGUCCCGCAAACGAACGUGCCCAACUGCGACGCCAAAUUUUUACUGCGAAUACUUACGGACGAACAGAGUAACAUAUGGGAGGUGAACGACGACAACAUGGUGUUCAAAAAUAUCUCGGCCGAGUUUCUGGAAGACACUGUGAUAUUACCGGACGGAAAGCCACUCUUAACUAAGCUCAUGGUCAAAUAUCCACCGGAACUGGACGUGAUCCAGUUGCAAAAGAUUCUGCGUGCGCACUGGAAGGCGUAUCUGGCGGAGAAACCCAGUUUGGAGCUCUGCAAGAGCCUGAUAAUGUUGAGGGACGUCAACAUUAGUGGUCGUAUCAACAUGCUGGACAUACCCGUGCUAAUGCACAUGUUGCAGUUCUGGAAGAUAGCGUUCCAAAAGUUCGAAAAGGGCGUGAACCCCACAAAGACGUCCAGCUACAAUCUUAGACCUCUGCUUUGGGAAGCCGGCAGUACUGUCAGCAACAAAGUGCUCGAAUGCCUGGUACUGAGAUUUGCCAAGAGCCGGGUCCUGACUUCGGAGUGUUUCAUAAUGGCCAUGGUCCGACUGCACUUGGCUCAUGAACGGUACCACAGUUUAGACACGAAAAUGAGCAAGGGCAAUCCAUUGUCGUUAGAAGAGUUGAUCUUGAUGACUAUCUACUCAUGAUUUUGGGCCCAUCGACACGUACCAAAGAUGAAAGAUAGUGCCAGUUAUUAAGUGAUAUUAUACGUUAAAGCCACAUAAUACGACCAAUCCGUACAGUUCUAAUUAUUAUUAUUAUAUUAUUAUUAUUAUUAUUAUUAUUAUUAAUAUUUUUGAUUUCUAGUUUUUAUAUAAUCAUAAUCAAAUCAGGCAUUAAAACACGUAGUAUUUUUAAUAUAGGUAUUUCGCCUGUUUCGUAUAUUAUCUUAUAAUGUAUAAUUGUUAUUUUAUUUAAACGAUGUUUGUACGCGUUAUCGAAUCGAUAACCCCAAACUGCUGGCCAAAGCGAAUAAUUUAUUUUUGUAAUUAUUUUUAGUAUAAUAAACUUUGUUAUGUUAUUUUAUUCCAAAUA